AUGGAUCAGAAUCGAGGGUUUCGGGAAGUAGCGCCCCCCGAUGAAGCUGAGCAGCAUGCGCAGCGAAGUCAGCUAACCAUGAACAAAACCGGCAAGCGAAGCUACCAAAGAGCUUGUAAAGUUGCCCUGGCGAAGGGAGCAGCACUUUACAAAGGCCGUCUUCUGACAGCUCAGGCUCUAGGAGCUCAUGAAGGACAAUUCGCGUCUCCUGCGAAAGCGGAGAGGCGUUCUUUUCAACCGAACAGACAGAUCCAUCACAAAUUUGACAUGGAAGUCCUUACUUGGAACGCAGGCUCAAUUACAAGCCGAGUUUGGAACGAGAUUCUGGCCCUUUUGGCAACAACAGAGUACAAGAACAUCAAAAUCGUUUUCCUGCAGGAAUCGCAUUGGCAGCAGGACCAGAUCUACAGCUCAGGCCCGUGGUCAGUUCUAACCUGUGGCUCAACAAGCAGACACAAGGCUGGCCUGGUUGUCUUGGUGCAUAGCUCACUGGCUCCUCUUUCAGAAAUUCGCAGCACUUCCAUAGUUCCAGGGCAUUUGCAGCACGUCAUGAUCCCGUGGCAGAGAUCCAGAAUACAUCUCCUGAACCUGUACCAGCACGUCUGGGAUUCAAAGCUCUCGAAGACGGAAAACAGAGGCAGGAGAAAGGACGUGAUGACACAGCUCGAAAAUCGAAUACAGAGAGUCCCACAACGUGACUUCUUGAUUGUGGCUGGGGAUUUCAACGCGCAUGCGGUGACUGAACGUCCUCAUAUCGGACCAAGUGUGCCUCAUCGAGUACGGUUUGCAAAUGCGGAUGUGAAGACACUGCCCUCGCUCUGCAAAUCCUGUGGACUAACUGCGCUGAACACAUGGGCUUCUGGCCAUCGCAGUACGUAUGCUAACAGUGAUGGCACAUAUUUCUCUCAGAUCGAUUUUUUGCUGGUCAGACUGCACGAUGCUCGGAGGAGAUCCAAGGAGGCCUACUCGGAUAAGAACUUUCCUGUGGCUGCCUACAGAGAUGGAUCAAAACACUUUCCAGUGCGAGCCACUCUGUUCAUUCCUCCUUACAGUCCUACACCCAGCAAGCCACGGCCGUUUGAUGCCACAGCCCUGGAUGCGAGCUUUCGGCGGAAAGAUGACAACUGGCAGGCAUUCUCACAUCGUCUGACGGAAGCAGUGGUGAGGACAAUGCAAGUGAGACCGUCUUGGCAAGAACUGGAUGAAGUGAUGGUUCGUGUAUCAGCUGAGCACUACCCUCCACCACGCAAGUCUCAGCCAGCAGCAGGUCCAAUCCAUCAGGAAUAUUGGAAGAAAGUGCGGCAAAUCCAGGCGCACAAGAGGGCUGGAACCGAGCAUAAUUCUGAAUGCCAGAAGCUUGUGGAGGACAUCAAGGAGGAGGAGAGCUCACAACUUCAGCCUCAAUUUGCGUACAUUAGGCAGAGGGGGGUGCGGGACGCCAUCGCGAAAGCAUGUCAGCACCUUGAUUUCGUGCAGCAGCUCCGUCAAGUGCAUCGCAGGGACCUGCACAAGUCCCAACGCGGGGCCAGGCAGGCUCAGCUGUCAGGGGCACUUACUAUUUCGGUUGAUCUGAGCAAAGCUUUUGAUUCUGUUAAUAGACAUGAGCUGCUAGCUGCCUUGGAUCGCCUGGGAACAGACCCUGUUACGAAAGAACUGGUAGUUCAACUACACAGUGAGACCUCCUACAACAUGGGCACAAGUGGACUAGAGAUUCAAGUUCCCACUUCUUCAGGAAUCAAACAAGGUUGCAAGCUAGCCCCGGCAUUGUGGUCUGCGCUGACACUUCUAGUCAUGAGCAGAAUGGAGCAGAAAUGGGGCCCAGAUAGCAAGCAAGCUAGGGACAUCCUAACAGUCUUUGCAGACGAUUUCCUGCUCCAGGAAACCUUCUCGAGCUUUCCUGAACUUCAGAAAGUGCUGCUCAGAAUAGAGGCUCUCUUUCAGUCUCUUGAGGACGUGGGGCUGGAAGUCAAUCCAACGAAGUCCAAAGCCUUGCUAAUGGUUCAGGGCACUCAGCAGUCCAUCUUUCGCAAGAAGCACACGAUGCGCAAAGAGAAGCAGUUGCACAUCGUCCUUCCCUCAGGACAUAAGAUUCCGAUUCAUCACAAACUAACAUAUCUAGGGGUGCAGCUCAGCUAUGGAUCCUACAAAGACCAGACGGUUGACUAUAGGAUCGCCCAAGCUCAAGGCAAGUUUGAGCUACUUCGACACAUCCUGUGCUCCACUAAGGCCUUGGAGGCUUCAAAGAAGUUGGAGAUCUGGAGGGUCUAUGUGGAAUCCUCACUCUUGCAUGGGCUUGUGGCCACUGGCAUCACCUCAUCAGGUCUUCAGAAGCUUCAGAGUAAAUACUCGCGGAUGCUAAGAUCCAUCUUUAAGCAACAUCAGCACUACAGCCAUAUUGACACGAAGACUCUGUUCGAGCAAUAUAAGGUUCAGACUCCUCAAGCAGUUUUGAUCAGCCAGAUGAAAAACUACCAAGACGCACUAGAUGCCUGUCAGAAGUACAACCCGGAUCAGAACAUACAGUGGUAUCUGGGACUUAGAGGUAGGAUUGUUGCGCUGCAACAGGAGCUUCAGAGCAUGCAUUUGGACCUGAGCGAGGCAGACCAGGAGGUACCGUGCUCUCUGUGCGAUCGGAAAUUUUCCAGCGCUAAGGGUCUUCAGCAACAUACUCUGGUGAAGCAUGGAGGACAGCGUGCGAAUCAGCUAGGCCCAAAAUUUCAGGUCACUGUGCAUGCUGCAAAGGACUUCCGCAAUGUGCGGCAUGCAACAGGCAGUUGCGCACAAUGCAUCAACUUCGCAGACAUGUGGAGUCAGGCAUUUGCCCUCAGCUGCACGAGCUGA